AUGCUCGGUACAAUUUUAUUACCUGACCCCGAUUCGUCUAUGUCUAUCCAGCAAAGAGUCACUAAAAAAAAACUUUGAACCUGUUGCAAUUUGAAAAGACUUUCAUUGUUAGUUUUAUAUUUGAGAUCCAUAACAAUAGUUUUAAUCACUUUUUCCGUGCAGUAGACGAUCAUGCGAUGUUUGGUAAAACCACAAAAUGUUUGACCAACUUCUAUCGGCAGCCACAGCCAGCACACAAUAUUCAGGUAUUUAAAUCGAUAAAUAAAAAUCGAAUUACUUAUUUUGAAGGUUCUCCGACCUAAUAUCUACGACCCGAAAGACUUCCCAUUGUCACAAAUCGAACAAGAAGAGAAACAAUGGGUGGAAAUGGCGCUCUGCCAAAAGGAAGAAAUCACGACGACGACGACGACCGCUUCCAAGGCAGCUCGUGUAGGUUUUCUUUCCUUUUUUUUUAAAUCGAGGAUCGAAUAUGUUAAAAAUUGAAUACCGAACUUUCAUUUCAAUUUUUCCAGGCCGAAACGCGCGAAGAAGGUUACGCUCCGAUCCGAACGGCUCUUUGUAAGUUUCCAUCAUUUUUGUUGUGCUACUCGGAAAAAAACUGAGCGGAACUUUCUUAUCUUUAAAGUUGUCACAUAUUUAUCAAUCCGUCAUGGUAGCGAAAUUAUUCCGAAAAGUAUUGAUUUUCCAGCUAUGUUCAUAGAUGAAACCAGGUGUUCUUGGCAGUUUCAAGCUGUUUUUACCAACGUAUGCAUAAAUACUUUCACAGCGGUGAUGCUGAACGGACUGUUGGACUCGAAGACGACUUUGGGUAGCACCCGCGUUACUCUGUUCAACUUCCACGCGACGACUUUCGCAGAGCGGCUGAUCAACAACGGCGUCUCGAGCCUGGUCAUCGUCGAGAGCGCCCAGUCGUUCUCCAAGGCCGCCAAGGUUGUUUCUUGCGAACGAAGCCGUCAAAUCAGAACAUUCAUUGUACAAGUAAUAAGAGAAGAAGAGAAAAAAGUGAAGUGGGAUAUGCAAAGGGGAACCUGGAGCGGUUAAGUCGUGCACUGCGAGGCUUGGCGUCGUGGCCGUAGCCGUCCAUGUCGACCUCGUAGUCGAUGUGCAGAAGUUCUUCUUGUCGCGGCAAGGUCUUUUUCCGACUCGACGACGGGUCGUUACGUGCGAAUAUUACCGGUUGACUGCUUUCGUCGUGUUCGUCUCUGGAAUUGCUCUGUAUUCAAAAUUUUCUUAACUUCAGCUUUGCUUUGAGAAAAAUGCAUUUUCUUUAUUCGCGACAGACUUUGAGCUUUGAAAGUUUGUUUCUUUUCACUGGAUUCGAAUCGCAUGAAUUGUCCUUUUUCCGGUUUUCCAUCAAACCAAGUGAGCAAUUUUUCUCCUUGCUUGUGUUGAAACAUUUUUUUUUUCGUUUAGUCUCAAAAAUGAAAAAAACCUGGUAAUCAGGAUCAUUUCGUUGUUAUUCCUGCUGAACUCAGUAUACUUGGAGUUUUGGCCACGGAAUUGUCGUCGUGAGGAGCUGGAAGAGUGGAAGGCGACGCUGCUUCGAUGA